AUGAUGCCUCACUUUGGCUUGGUUCGUGUUGCUUCCCCUGGUGGAUGGUCGCGGGAAUUUAUCUUUUGCAAUUAUUGUCUACGCCAGGAGCGAAAUGAGGACACCACAGAGAGCUACUGCUCGCUUCAUCGACCUGGACGUGAUCAAACACAAGCUACACCUUCUUUGAGAGAAGACCAUGUCGAAAACGCCAUCCAGACCACCCUGCUCGCUGCGUGUGAGGCUUCAGAAAGUGAUUCCCACGCUGACAAUGGGGAACCCUUGGUAUUGUCAGCCGACUCGCCCCUGUCUCAACCAUCUUCUUCUUCUGCCGAGAAGAAACACCAAACCGACCGGCCCGCAGAGUCCCGUUCAUCAUCUCCCCCAACAGACGAUACUCCUGACCAAACUGAACCAUCACGGCAGUCCUCAGCGCAGACAAUCCCAUCUACUGCCCAAACCAAGCAACCAGGUCGUAGAGGCCCUGGUCGUCGAGCCGAUAACCUCCGGAUCAACCUUCCCAACCCACCCCCGCUUCCAGAACCCGGACAGCGUCCAAGCCGAGAGGUCCUCGCCCGACACGGCGUAAUCGUCCCCCAUAUACCCCUCGUUCCAGCCCUGAGACCUUCCAAGCAACCUUCGGCGACCGCCACUGACCUGGCAUGGUACAAAGCACAUAGGCUGUGCACCAACUGCCACAAGGAGGUGGACGACCUCCACUUCUCCAAGUGUUCUGCCUGUCGGGCAGCCGGGCUGGAACGCGCUCGGAGAUACCAAGCCAAGAAGAGGGAAGAGAAGGCGAUGCAAAUGAAAAUGACAAAGGAGAGCCAGGGGCGGAACGGAACCCAGUCGUCCGAGAGGCAGAGUGAACAGUCAAACGCCCGGACCUUGUGCUUGCCCAGGUUGACUACUACACCCCAACCAAUCCACCUGAUGCCAGACGCCAGCGCCAGAGACAGAAUCUACAUGACUUUUAUCGACACGCUUCCCCGGCGGCGCUCGACAGGUAGUGGUCAAAGGGCUGUGUUGGGCCCGAGUCGGGAACAAGACCUCUAUCUCCACGCGUUGGACAGGCUGACUGACAUACGCCUGUCCACAACUUCUUCCUCCCCCUCGUCAUUACCAGAAGCGGCUCCCGGUCCACAUCACACGUCGCCACCACCCCAUGAACGACCGCGCGGGUAUUCCCCCCCGGACCCUCAACCCCCCAGGAAUAAAUCCAACUCUGCAUGGCGCAUGUCGUCAGGUUCUCUGCCCACACCUGCGCCGUCGUCCUCUCUUUUUGGACCUCAGUCCUCAUCCAACGCCGCAGAACAACAGUCAUCCCCUUUCAGACGCAGGGGUGAGGAAGGGGAAUACCAACUCCACCCUUUACUGGCAAAUAUCCCACCGGAGAAGUGGUCUUUGCUGCCAUCAUCAUGGCGGCCGGAACCAGAGAUGCCAGUGCGGGGUGGUUAUCCAUCGAACGCUGGCAACUGGGGGGUUCCUGUUGAUCAUGGGUGUUAUAACAGACAGCAACGUGGCUUGCUGGGUGAUGUGCGACAGGAUUGUCCUUACCGGUAUCAUCAGCCCAGCACUGCGGUCGAUGGAAGCGGUGAGAGACAAUAUGACGAAGGGUCUGGGGGCUGGGUUGACGGUCCGGGGGCAAAGAGGUUGGAUAUGAACGUUGUUGAUCCGGCGUUGGUGAGUGUGCAGGAGGGUAUGAUGAUGGGUGGGUUGGAGGAGGUGGACAUUGAGGAGUUUGUUAGUUUGUCUGGGGCGGAGGAAGGGGUGGUGGAGAGGGUGGUGGGCGGGAGUCUGGGGAGGGUGAAGAUCGAGAGGGUGGGCGGUCUUUUUGUGUUCGAGAAAGAGGGUUGCAUACCUACAUAG